CAUGCCGGUAAUGCUGUCAAACUGACAGUCAAUGAUGAAAAAGCGCCAUUAGAGAAAUAAACAAAACUUGUUUUGUGUUAUUUAAUGCGUCGUAUUCGAGCAAUGCUCCGAGUGUCAUUUAAUCAGUUGGUUUUGCGUUAAUUGUUCUCAAUUCGUGCUCGGUAAGCUUUCGACCAAUGUAGAAAUGGAAAAUCAAUUGUAUUUGUACGACUGCGAACGAAGGGUGGACAUUCACAUUCCAGACGCUGAAACUGUUAUUGGACGGGAUUCAAUUUUGCAGUGUGAUGAUAAACGAAUAUCGCGUCAGCACGGUAUUAUAAAAGUGAACUGCGAACAGACCAGCAGCGUUCAAAUCACCUCCACCCAUUCGAAUCCGAUUUUCAUACGCACCGCUGACAAUGUACUUAACAUUUUAACUAAAGAUUUAACGGCCACCUUAAGGCAAGGGGAAAAAUUUGCACUACUUCCGGAUCAAUACUGGUACGAGAUACGGUUCCGAAGCUUGGAAAAUUUGGAUGAGCAACAAGAAGCCGCAGUUAGCUCUUCGUCAGUUACUGCCGGAACUUUGCGUGUGAGGACAAUGGACGAAGUCAACAGUGUUGCUUUGAUCAAUGGUGAGUCAAAUGAAGUACUGGACCAAGUUGCCGAGAGUAUCGAAAAGCGCAAAAUGACAGAUGAUUCAGAGGCUGAAAGUAGGAAAAAGGUGAGAACCGAACAACCUUCUGGCUCCGAUGGAUGUCAGUCGGAAAAUGUCUGUCCAGCGUCUUUCUCGAUUGAAAAUGUUCCUCCGGUGGUCAAACCCGAUCCAGAUGCUAGCGAAGCGGAAGCUGGUACUUCUCGUCCAAAAUCCCCACAGACAUCGACAGUCAAAGUGGAGAUUAAGAAAGAAACCGCAGACAGUACUGGGUCUCCGCCGAGACCAUCCUGUGAGUUCGGUAUCCGUUGCUACCGGCACAACGCCGAGCAUCGGGCACAGUUUGCCCAUCCCAACGAUGUCGACUACCGUAGACCGUCAUUUCCUCCGGCUCCGGAAGAUGCACCGUACUGUCCGUUCGGGGCAAGCUGCUACCGCCGUAAUCCGGAACAUUUUCGUGAAUACCAGCAUCCAGACUCAAGUGAGUAUAAAGCAUCGGUUACUCGCGUGAAUCAAGUACCUGUCAAUCUCUACCAGCCACAACAGCAGCAGCAGCAGCAGCAACUACCGCCUCGAAGGCCUCCACCAAACGAUGAUCAAAGGCUGCGUCGUCGACGUCGUGAUUUGGCGCGGGACAUAGUCAUAGCCGCUAUCGCUAAUCCGCGGCUCUUUGCCGGCAGUGACGAGGAUGACGAUGACGACGAAGACCUGUUCGAGUACGAAAGCGAUUCCGACGAGUACAGGCCCGGUCGUGAAUCGAACGAUGAUUUUGAAGAUGACGAUGAAAUUGAAACGCAGGAGUUCUACGAGGCCGAGGAAUGAUCGGAACCGUUGUUUUUUUUAAAUUAUUGUUCGCGGUAGUAAAUUCCUAAUGUUAGUUGUUUGUUCGGGGAAGUUUUGAUUGAAAUUAAAAAAAUGGAU